CUCUAGGUCUUUGGGAUAUUUGUGCCUUCCAUCUUAUUAUACAGAGAAUUUUCCUGAAGCAUUAAAUAGGUUACGGAAUGGGAAUUUUAGGUGGAUGUAUCGGCAAAGAAUCAGAGUUACGUUAACUGGUGAGCAUGCAUUUGACCCACCAGUAGAGUUGCAUGAUCAGCAAUUACAGUAUCCUGAAUAUCGCUUUCUAGAUUGUGUAGAAGGGCACCAUAAAACAAACUCUCCGAAAGUGCCUAAACUGGAACCAAAAAUUAAGCAUGAAUUACCUGUUAGAGCUUUAAAUGAAGUUUUUAUUGGAGAAUCUUUAUCUUCAAGAGUUUCUUAUUACGAGCUUGCAUUGGAUUCAGCACCAAAAGAAAAAUUAAAAAGCUCUGGAUUGACAGUAUGUACUGGCACUGGCUCAACAUCCUGGUCUUUUAAUAUCAAUAAGGUCACAGAACAGUGUGUUAAACAUCUCCUAAAAAUUACCUCUCAAGAAACAAAACUAGAUAUUCCUGUCAGUGACUCUAAACUUAUAUCUCAGAUUACCUCAAGGUUCAAUAAUUCUUUGAUUUUUGAUCCUACAAAAGAGCUAAUGGCUUAUACAAUUAGAGAUCCCAUAGUUUUUGGAAUGGGAUUUAAGUGCAAGCCUCGUGGUUUUGUUAAAAGGAUUGAAGUUAAAUCUCGCAUGUUUGAUGCCUGCCUUGUUAUAGAUGGAGGCCUUUCAUUUGCAUUCAAUGAUGGCUCUACUGCACUUUUAGAUAUAAAUGAAGAUGAUGCACUGCGCACUCUGACAUUACCAGAUUAGCUGAAAUUAAUAUAUGCGAGGAUUUAGUUUUUUAUACCUGUAAUUUUCUGCCAUUAAAAUCCUUUGAGAUCUGAUAUGUGCCUUAUAAAUAGAUGAAAUCAUUGGAGGCAGUGCCAACAAAGGAUUUGGUAUUAGUAAAAAUUAGAAUUUUGUACUGUUAUAAAAAAAUUUGGGUAAAUGAUUGGCAUAAUUCUGCUGUAGCCAUGCAUUCUUUUUUUUUUUUUUUUUUGUAUGAUAAAAUUGCGGUUUGUACUGCAGUCAACUAGUAUAUUUAAGGAACGGAUUUAAGUAUGUAAAUAUAUGAAUGUGAAAGAGUAAAUUAUUUUACAAUGCUUAAUGUUUUAAGUGUGCCAUUUAUCUUGAAAUUUGAAUGCAUUCAUUGGCAAAUGAAAUGGUACUGGAUCCUAAAUCUAUGAUUUCAGAGUUUAUUAAUCAAAAUUAAUCAUCAGAAAUGUUUCAAUGAAAUUAUUUUCAUUAUUGUAUGAUUUGAAAAAUGAAAUUGGAAAGAUACUAUGUAUCAAACCUCAGAUAUGUAUAUUUUUGCAAAUAAUGUUUUGUUCUUAAUCUAAAAUGACUCAGUAAUAAAUAGCUUUUCAUUUAUUGUGCUUAUGCUUACCCAAGAAAAGUGGACAAUUAAUUUUGGCACUUUUAUAUUCUAGUUAUUUUAGAAACAUAAUUGAUUUCUAUGUUUGAGAGCAUAUUCUCAUUGUUAAAAAUUUUUUAUCAGUUUCAUUCAUUUUACAUUAUAUCAUUUAGGUGUUUCAAAAUCUGAUGUUCUGCAUUAAGUAAAUAUUCAGUGAAGUGAACAAAAAUGAAUAUGUUUUUUGAAAUGUUUGAUUGCUUCUACUCGAAAUUUGAAUUUGUUUAAUGUAUGAUAGAUAGUUUAUUAAAAAUGUUGAUUGCUUGUUAUUAUGAAAAGUUUUUAAUUAAAUUAUUUUAUAGAAUCUUGCAAAUAAUUACCUUAUUACUAAUUACUGUGCAAUAAUUUUCUGUAAAAAGGCAUCUAGUUUAGUUAAAAACACUAUUGGGAAAUAUACCUCAUGCAAGCUAUUCUUUAUUUGUUAAAUUAUGUGCCAAUGCAAAUUUUUAAAUAGUUUCAUUUACAUAACUGUUUUUCAGUGUCUUGUUGACUUUCCCUCUUUUUAAUUCCCCAAUCCAUUUGUAAUAAAAUUAAAAAAGUAGGUUUUUUUUUUUUUUUUUGUGUAUGUGUGUGUGUGUGUUUGUGUGAACCAUGGCAAAAGUUUGGUUUGGGGUUUUAUUUUAAAUUAUCUUUUCUUGCAAAUUAUUCUAGCAAAAAUUGCAUAAGCAUUGAGGUACUAUUUUUAUGUUUGGAUGUAAUAAUAUAUACAAUAAAAUAAUGAUAUUCUAAAUAUAUCUAUCAAAAAUUCUAAAUGCUGUUUCCAUUUUCUGUAAUUUAGAUUUUUGUAUAAUUGUUAAAAUACAAAUAUACAGAAGAUGUUAAUCAUCAGUUUGGUCUUUUAGAAGCACUUAAAAUAUUCGUGUUACUAUUUCUGCAUGCAAGUUAAGGGUAGAUUUUAAUGCAUUUUUAUAUAACUAAUAAGCAAAUUUUACAUGUUCUCUUAGAGAUUUGUUCGAAUUAAUUCUGAUUUAUAAAUUUAAAUUUUUAAAAUUGCUUUGUUUUAUUUUAUUUAUCUCAGAUGUGUUUUAUGCUAAAAUUGGUAUUUCUUCCUUUAUAUUGAUAGCUGCAUUUAAAUGUCAUUUGUAUAUAUGUUUAAUGUAAUAUAGAGUUAAAAUGCAUUUUGCAUCAAUAGUUUUGUGAUAAAUAUUUAAUGUUGCAGUUAUUACUGCAGAAUCCUGAAAAAUCUGCAUAUCUCGAGAGGGUAGUACAGAUUAGUAAAUUUUAUGGGCUACAUGUCAUGUGUUUACAUUUGUCCAGCAAUUAGUCCCUUUCUAGUUUUUAUAUUAAGUCUGAAUUUUUGCUAAGUGAUUACCCGAAACACAUAUUUCAAGAACUGUUCAAUCAUGAUUCAUUGGAUACUAAACAUUCAUUGGAUAUAAGUCUUUAAAUGAUAAUUGCAUGCAAGGCCAACUUCAGCAUAAAGGAAAAACACUGAGAGAUAUUGUCUUUUUAUCACAGGAAAAAACUUCUCACAGAAUAUUUACAGUUGUGUGUUGCUGUAAAAAUGAGCCUAACCCAUUUUUGGUUAGAGGUGUCUUGAAAUAACGCAUUUAAUUUUGCCAUCGUGUUGCACUUUCAGUGAUAUACACUUUUUGAUUUAAAUGAGAUGUGUGUUAUAACAUUAUUUGUCUUUUAUGAGGCUAACAUUUGCCAAAAACAAAAUAAUAGAAUCUUCAUUCGAGUUAUCCUUAUUUGAAAUGAUUAAAUUAUGCUUAUUUGAAGUUAUCUCUAUUUGAAGGCCUUGAAGUUAAGAAGUCAACACCUUCAGUAGAGUAGUUUUUUUGAUAGUAGUAGUUCUUAUGCUCUUGAUCAAAGUGGUUCUUAUGAUAGGCAAUGAAAUAUGGAAAAUUUUUUAGGAGGAAAAACUUUAAGGUCUUAUUUAAAGCAGAAUGUUUGGGAAAACUCACAGUUUGUGUUUAUGAAAAUAUAGUGCUGACGUGGGCACAUAUUUGGUUUAGUUCUUUGACUAUGGCAAAGCAUAGAAGGUUUACCUGUCCAGGGAUGUGCCCUCGUGAAGGACUUUCUAAGAAAAACUAGUUUAUAUCCAUGCUACAAAGGGGCAAAACCAUGUGGUCGGCCCAUUCACCUAGGGUGAACUGUUGUAUUUAGUAGUUUUUUAAACUGCUUAGCAAUAGUGGGGCUAACACAGGCACUGAAAUUGCUAAAUAACGUUAACAAUGAAAUAAAUUCACAUUUUCAAUCAAAAUAUAUUAUAAGUAUAUAUAUAUAUAUAUAUAAUUUAUCAAGCAAAGUAGUAAUUAUAAUUUAAAAAAAAACCAAUUUUGGUCUAGAAAACAU